ACAGCGUAUCAAAAGUAUACAUAUGCUUGAUUCUUUCUGUGUUCUACAGUUGCAUUAACCACACUUUUCGAGAAAACCAAGCAAUAUGAAAGUAGCAUUUAUUGUUGUGGCUGUUUGUAUUGGGAUUCUUUACGGGAAAAGCAAGACCAGAGAGAUACCAGAACAAGACAUUCAACUGGCUGCGAUGGCAAUUGGGAAGUGGCUCUGCAUGCUCUAUGACGUCGACGGGAACGGCAUUCUGGAUGAAAAGCAAGCUUUGAUCGAUUCCACAGACGAGGAUGGGGACGGAAUAUCAACACGUGACGAAUUUGCACGAAGCUGGUCCAAGAAAAACGAAAAACUACAUGACAAUUGGAGUCUCACAGUAUUUGACUGGGUCGAUACAAAUGAUGACGGAUUGUUAACUAUGGAAGACGAAUUCCUAGAUAGACACCAUGAUCCAGUAACUGGAGUGUUUCUUUUAAAGGACUGUAUUAUGCUUUGUACGAAUCAUUUUCUGCAAGAUCUAAAGAAGCUUAAAGAGGAAAUCAAGGAGCAAGAAAACAAGGGCGUUCUCCAAUUAAGUGAUUUUUUACAGUGAACAAAGACACGAAGCCAUGAACAGAAACUUCUACCGUAGAUGACAAAUCCCUUGACGCCGUUCCAUGGAUAUAAUUCGGACAUUGUAUCAUUUACCUUUACCAUUAACUGUCUCAGCAAAAGCAACUAUGAAUUUCAGUAUGAUUUAAUGUAAUACUGCACUUUGAUACAUUCUGAUUUAGUCUUAAAGCUUUCUGAUGCAGCAUUAUAUUCUAUAUAAUCUAUUAAAUGAAGAGUGGGAUUUUCACAAGGGGGGCAGGCUUUUGUGUGGCAAUGGCAUGUUUCCCAAAUCAUGAUAAUAACAGUGAUCUGUAGUGGUAUUGGUAAGCCCUAAUUAUAUCAUUUGGAUAUUGAUGAUAUACGCAAUGUCACAUGGUUUUUAUAUCGGGUGUAUGUUAUUGAAAGACAAGUUUACUUAUCGUGUACUGAACAAAAGUAAAAUAAACGAGUUUUGAUACAACCAAAAGGGAAUACGUGUGGGUUUAAAUAGACGAAAUCAUACAGUCAAAUAUCUAACAGUUCCAUUAAAGUAAAUAUAUCAUUUGCUUAGUUUCAUCGGUAAAGCACAGAGCAUAUUGUCACAAUCAGCAGAGUUAUGGACUCAUUCAU